AUGAAGCGUUUGUUGAGGCCUUUAAUUAGCAGAAUCCGUUGUGGGUCACCUUACCUUGACUUUUACAUAGUCCCAACGAUCCUCCACCAUCUCGCCGUUCCGUUCACGGAAGUCACAGGCGCAACCUCCGCCAACGGCCUCAAAGUCCACGGGACGACCGUUAACUCCUUCCUCGACGACUUCGUCGAGGCCUCCCUCGAGAUUGUCAAUGCUAGGGAAAUUAAUAAAGGAGACGAGAUAGCAUGGUAUGCAGAUGGAGAUUCUGCAGUGAGAAAUGAGUACAAUCCUUCAAUUGCUUAUGGUUUUGAUAAAGUAUUUGGUCCGGCAACAACAACGCGCCAUGUUUAUGAUGUUGCAGCCCAGCGUGUGGUUAGUGGUGCAAUGCAAGGAAUUAAUGGGACUGUGUUUGCAUACGGUGUUACUAGUAGUGGCAAGACUCAUACGAUGCAUGGAGAGCAAAAGUCACCUGGAAUUAUUCCGCUGGCAGUGAAGGAUGUGUUUGGAAUCAUACAAGAGGUCAUCAAUGAUUUGCUUAAUCCAAUGGGGCAGAAUCUAAGAAUACGAGAGGAUGUGCAGGGAACAUAUGUUGAGGGAAUCAAGGAGGAAGUUGUUUUGUCACCUGCUCAUGCUCUUUCUUUGAUAGCAUCUGGAGAAGGCACCUCUUUAAUUACAUGCUAUCUGAUUGUUGCAGAGCAUAGGCAUGUGGGUUCUAAUAACUUCAAUCUUCUAAGCAGUCGAAGCCACACAAUUUUCACUUUGACUAUUGAAAGCAGUCCACAUGGGGAAAAUCAAGAGGAAGAAGAAGUGACUUUGUCCCAAUUGGUAGCUCCGGUUAACUUAAUUGAUCUUGCAGGAUCUGAAAGUUCUAAAACUGAAACAACUGGAUUGCGGAGAAAAGAGGGUUCGUACAUAAAUAAAAGCUUACUUACUCUUGGCACAGUUAUUUCUAAACUAACAGAUGGAAAAGCAACUCACAUUCCAUAUCGAGAUUCAAAACUCACCCGUUUGUUGCAGUCAUCUCUCAGUGGCCAUGGGCGUGUCUCUCUCAUAUGCACAGUGACACCUGCCUCUAGCAACGGUGAAGAGACACACAACACACUUAAGUUUGCACACAGGAGCAAGCAAGUAGAAAUCAAGGCUUCUCAAAAUAAGAUUUUGGAUGAGAAGUCUCUCAUAAAAAGGUAUCAGAAGGAAAUUUCCUUUUUAAAGCAAGAGCUUCAGCAAUUAAAGCGUGGAAUGGUGGAGAAUCCUUAUGCGGCUGCAUCUACCCAAGAAGAUCUGGUUAAUUUGAAGCUUCAGCUGGAAGCUGGUCAGGUCAAAUUACAGUCAAGAUUGGAAGAGGAGGAACAAGACAAGGCAGCUUUAAUGGGAAGAAUUCAGCGAUUGACUAAACUCAUCUUAGUUUCCACAAAAAAUGCCAUGCAAUCAAGUCUUCCUGAAAGACCUGGUCAUAGAAGAAGGCACUCAUUUGGGGAAGAUGAGCUGGCAUAUUUGCCAGAAAGGAAAAGGGAAUACAUGACAGAAGAAGAUGUUGGAAGCUAUGCUUCUGAGCUUUCUGUAGAAGGGAGAGAUGAGGUCGCUGAUCUAGAUGAAUUGGUGAAGGAUUUUAAACGAAACAGGAGGCAGGGGAUGCUCGGCUGGUUUAAACUGAAGAAGCCAAAGAAUCCAGCAUCAUCCAGUACAGAUAGUGAGAGCUCUGCUGGUGGAUCACCUGCCUCUCAUUCAAAAGUGUCACAAAAUAGGGUCAUGUUCAAUGAUAUAAAAGAUGGACAGAGAAAAUCAAUCAGCAGAAGGGGAGAUGAAACCACCCUCAUUGAUUCAUUUCCAGAAAGAACACAAGCUGGUGACUUGUUUAGUGCUACCGUUGGAGGUCGCCGAUUGCCUCCGGUGAGAGGAACUACUGGCACCACAAUUACAGAUCAAAUGGAUCUUCUUCGUGAGCAGGUGAAAAUGUUAGCUGGGGAAUUAGCCUUGUGUACUAGCUCUCUGAAGAGACUGUCAGAGCAAGCAGCUAGCAGCCCUGAAAAUUUACAGCUGAAGGAACAUAUGAAAAAGUUGAAAGAUGAAAUUAGUGAAAAGAAGCAUCAGAUGCAUGUUCUGGAGCGACGCAUGAUUGGAUCAGUUGAAAUGACUUCAAAUACAUCAACCAGCAUUGAAAUGUCACAGGCUCUAUCCAAGCUCACUACUCAGCUAAAUGAAAAUACAUUUGAACUUGAGAUAUCAGAGAACAAUGAAAUGCAGGAAACAAUUCUUCUGCUAAGGCAACAGCUAAAUUCAUUAUCAGAAAAGAGCUCCAGCAAACAACAUAUCGCAGAAUCUGAGUCUGCCACACAAAGAAAGAGCAAAGAAGGGAGAAAUGAGAUUUGUUCAUGUGAAGAAAUUUAUGCUGAUGAAAACACACCAAAAAGUGUCAUGAGUUUGAAUCGAAUAUUUUCCCAAGAGGACUCCAAAGAGUGCAAUGACACUAGUUUUUUUAAUUCUCAAGUUCUUAUACAGGCUUCUGAGAUAGAGAAUCUGAAGCAAGAGAGGCUGAAGCUGAUCGAAGAGAAGGAUGGGCUUGAAAUUCAAAGUCAAAAACUGGCAGAGGAAGCAUCAUAUGCAAAAGAAUUGGCUGCAGCUGCUGCCAUUGAGCUCCAAAAUUUGGCUGAAGAAGUAACAAAGCUGUCUUAUGAAAAUGCGAAGCUGACUGGUGAUCUGGCUGCUGCAAAAGAGACACAUUGCAAAUCUAACUGUUGUCAGAGGUCUGUUUCAUAUGAUUUUAAACAAAGCAACUCCAAUGGUUCUCGACCUGAUGGACGCAUCAGAAAAACUGAGAAUGGUCUUUUGGUUGAGGAGUUGCAGAAAGAACUAAAUGAAAGAUACCAAAGAGAAGCUGCAUUGGAAAUGACAGUAUCUGAGAGAAACCAAAUAGAAGGUGAGCUACGAAACCAACUUCACAAAGCAAAACAACAUGAAGAAGAUUUGGAAAAAGAGCUUGCCAAUAUGUGGGUGCUGGUUGCAAAGAUGAGAAAGUAUGGUGUUGAUGCUGAGGACCUGCCAUCUGAAGUGGUUCAUGCAUCCAACACUUUUCGAGCAGGUCUUAAAAAUGGAUUUCUACCAUCUAAUGGUGAUACUUCUACAAUAUCCAAAGAUGAAACCUAUGACAACAUUGAUGUAAUAACAAGAUUAGAAGAGUUGAAAGUAAGCUAUCAGAAAGAAAGAAGAAGAUGUGAACAGCUGGAAAGCAUUAUUUCAAGACCGAAGAUUUUCCAUGUUGGCAAGAUGUUAACCGAACACUUGCGUAUGUGUAAGAGUGCAUGCAUGUGCCUGUGUAGAGAUGUUGAGAGUACACAACAGUUUGAUCUAGUGUCCUAG